UGUUUUCUUAUAUCCCAAAUCACAUACCUGUGGCCUCCAUAUAUCCAUACGCACACUGUGAAACCCGAAAGGAAAAUAAAAACGAAGGCGAUGUGAAAAAAGAAAAGAAAAGAAAAGUAGUUACGGAAAACAUGGUGGCGACAGAAUCGUCGAGGUUGGAGCUUCCCGAGGAAUUGGUAGAGGUUUUGCCCCUGGAUCCAUUCGAGCAGCUCGAUGUCGCCCGCAAAAUCACCUCUAUUGCGCUCUCCACGCGACUCGACUCCCUCGAAUCGGAGAUGUCGGAGCUUCGGCAGCAUCUCGCCGACCGCGACGACAUCAUCACCGGCAUGGAGUCGCAGCUCCAGUCACUCGACGUCUCCUUCGCCCAAGUUUCCGAUAAGCUGGCCGCUGCGCAGCGGGAGAAGGAAAGCUUGCUGAAGGAGAAUACGCAGCUGAGCAACACUGUGAAGAAGCUGAACAGGGAUGUAACCAAGUUGGGAGCCUUCAGAAAGACGUUGAUGCGGUCUCUUCAAGAUGAUGAUGACACCGCAAGUGGUCCUAAGGCUAAUCUAACAAAUCCGUCAAGCAAUCCCGAAGAUGAUUCUGAUUUACCACCUAACCGAAAUCAAAGCCAAUUGUCCGAUGCUGGAACUCUGAAUUCUGUUGAUACUAAUGCUGAAGUUGUGAGGCCGCACGCACCAUAUAGCUUCUUACUAGCAUCACAGAAUAGCACGCCUCGUCUCACACCUCCAGGUUCCCCUCCGAGCCUGUCUGCAUCUGUAUCUCCAUCUAGGACGCCCCAACCAUUGUCUCCGAGGAGACAGAGACACUCGAUUGCUAUUACAUCAACAAGAGGCCUUUAUAACGAUAGAUCAUCUGUAUUUUCUUCAUUGCCUCCAAGCCAGUUCAGUUCAAUGUCAAGCAUGGAAUCGCGAUCACAACCAGGGAAAACGCGCGUUGAUGGAAAAGAAUUCUUUCGCCAAGUCAGGUCUCGCCUAUCCUACGAGCAGUUCAGCGCAUUUCUUGCAAAUGUGAAGGAACUUAACUCCCACAAGCAAACAAAAGAGGAAACCUUAGGGAAGGCGGAUGAGAUCUUCGGCCCCGAUAAUAAGGACCUCUACGCCAUCUUUGAGGGGCUAAUCACUCGUAAUGUGCAGUGAAUAGAACAAGCUUUUAACUUCGUGUAGAACCAUCAAGCUCUUAGCUUUUACUAUAUAACAUUGGCUGGGUGAAAAUUUGCUGACGGCUGACGGCUCUGACCAAUUCUUGUAAAUACAUGAUUUCUUAUUUCCACGAA